AUCCUGAGGCCAGAUGAGCACAUAGCUAAGCAGCGCUACAUUGGAGCCAAGAAUGUGCUGACCAAGGGAACGUCCGAAUGGGUCUCCUUCGACGUGACAGAGACGGUACGGGAGUGGCUGAUGUACAGAGAGACAAACCUGGGUCUGGAGAUCAGCGUACACUGUCCAUGCCACACCUUCAACCCCAACGGUGACAUCAUCGACAAUGUGAACGAGGUGCUGGAGGUCAAGUUCAAAGGGGUAGAAGGGGAGUAUGAAGAGCAGGGUCGUUGGGACCUGGGCAGGUUGAAGAAACAGAAGGAGCAGUACCUGCCUCACCUCAUCCUCAUGAUGAUCCCUCCUCACCGUCUGGAGCCACAGCCACGUAGACGUAAACGAGCCCUGGACACCGACUACUGCUUCUCCACCGUUGAGGAGAACUGCUGUGUCCGUCGUCUCUACAUUGACUUCCGUCGGGACCUGGACUGGAAGUGGAUCCACGAGCCUAAAGGAUACUUCGCUAACUACUGUUCUGGGCCCUGCCCCUACCUGAGGAGCUCCGAUACCACGCACACACAGCUGCUGAGCUUGUAUAACACUCUGAACCCAGAGGCCUCAGCCUCUCCUUGCUGCGUUCCCCAGGACCUGGAGCCUCUUACCAUUCUCUACUACUCUGGACGUACCCCUAAAGUAGAGCAGCUAUCCAACAUGAUCGUCAAGUCUUGCAAAUGCAGCUGAGGAGGUUCGGGAGUAGGCCCGAAGCCAGGGAGUAGGGUGGUGGGGUUGUCCCACGGAAGGUGACCUGUAUUGGGGCACUAGAGCCAGCCAGCCUGCCUAGCUGUAGAGGACUAUCCACCAUCCAUGUUAUUUUGUAUUCGGACUAUGUUGCCUGCCACGUGUCCUAGCUCUUAACACCACUUCAACUGAAGGACCCUAUCCUCGUGUGAGGAGGACAUAUAGUAUGUUAGACUUUGGGAUUAUAACUUCUAAUCUUCAUCAUCGUUUUUUGAUUUGUUCAGUUUUUUUUUGAGAGAGAGACGCCAAAUAGUUUCAUUUUGACAUUUUAACAAACUGGGUUUUCUUCACCUUCCUACAAAACAGCGGGCAUUAUUCAUAACAGGAGAAAGGACAGACUAGCUGGCGUAUCCAAAGACAUAGCUGCAGUCAGGCAGAGGGGAAGGAGAAAGGACACACUAUGAGACGGAGAGAGAAGAGAGAAUGCCUGCAGGAUAUGCAAUGGAAAGUAAAGUGAGCAGAAGAGAUAGAAGCCAAGAUCAUUUUUAUUUUUUUAUUUUAUUUUAUCCGACCAAAAAGCAGCGAUCAUUUUUUUUGUCGUCUUCGAAUGCAAACGGAGUGAAGGGAGGAAGGACCUUUACAGAUGGAGGAAGAUAUUAUUCUGUGGCUACUAGCCAUCUAGCACUCUUCCAAAAACCCACCCCGCGACUCCCUUUGAAGACUUUCUUGACAUGUUUAAAUUUUCAAAAACAAAUCGGACCCAAACACAAUGUGCUGGAAAAUAAUAUUGAUCUUCUUAUGUACGAUUUUUAUUUGUUCUUCUUCUUCUUCUUGAAAUUGACAGAUGUUCUCUGUUAUGCAACGUGUUGUCAUAUGUUGAUUGAUUUUUAUUGUCGAUGUAUCUGUCUAUUACCAUUAGAAUCCCUUUUAUAUUAAACCGUUAAACUCG